AUGGGAUGUAACAUUGGACUUGUAUUUGUGAUCUCAACUGAAAAGAAUCUGCAUCACCCUAUUCAUUUUCUGUUCUGUAACUUGCCACUGAACGAUAUACUAGGGACCACUGUCAUUAUGCCACGCUUACUACAGGACAUUUUAAGGGAAACCUCAGAGCACUACAUGACAUAUGUGGACUGUGUUGUUCAAGCUUAUUUUGUACAUGUAUUUGCAGCAGCAAGCCACUAUGUGCUGAUGAUAGGACUCACUGUACGCCUGUCUCGCUGCAAAUAUAAAAUUGAAAGCCCUUUCUGUGAUAAUGCCUCACUGUUUAAACUGUCCUGUGAGGACAGUGUGGCUAUUAAUAAUGUGUAUGGAAUCAUUUCUACUGUGGUUAUUUUUAUUUUCUCACUUGGGUCUGUAUUCAUUACUUAUGGAAAAAUUGCUGCAGUAUGCAUAACCAGCAAAAACAAAGCACUGAACAGUAAAGCCAUAAAAACAUGUGGCAAACACAUAGCUGUUUAUAUAAUUAUGUUUGUUUCUUGUGCCAUCAUGUUUUUUUUUCAUCGUUCUCCUGAAUACUCUGAAAAUAGGAAGCUGGCUAGUGUAAUGUUCCAUAUUGUACCACCAGGACUAAAUCCUUUAGUAUAUGGUUUACAAACCAAAGAGAUAAGACAAAAGACUUUUAAACUUUGCUGUAGAUAA